GCGUCGUCAAAGUGCCCACGGGCUCCAACUUGCUGAUGGUGUCCACGCGCUCGAGUGAGAAGUCGCUGACCAAAGGCAGUCUACAGGUUGAGAGCAUCCUCCGGGAGAACGCGGCGGCGAGGCUGCAGCUGACAGAGUACGUUCUGGAGGAGGGCGGCAGGCACCAAGCCGAGUCCGCGCAGGCGCUUGACGACGCCGCCAAGGAGGCGACGAAACAGAAGGUCAAGAUGAGUGCCCUCGAGAGGCAGCUCGAGCAGAGCCGGGCCGAGCUGGAGACCCUGCGCAAUCAGGGCAAGCGCACCGUGGACAGGGCUUCCGCGGAGACAGACAACAUCCGGCAGAAGCUCGCGAACACGGAGGCGGAGAACGACCAGCUCUCGACCGAAGUCGCAAAGCUCAAGGCGGAGCUGAAGCUCGCGCACCAGGAGGCCGCGGGCGCGAAGCACAGCCUCAGCACCCUCCGGGCCGAGGAGAAGGACCUUCAGCAGAAGAUCGAGCAACUGGAUUUGGAGAAAAAGGAGCUGAGCUCGGUGGCCGACGGCCUGCGGGAAGAGGCUGACCACCUGCGCGCUGAGCUGGCGGCCAGCAGAGAGGCCGCCGCCCUGCCGGACUCCAGGCGCGGGAGCAUGGCGAGGCCGAGGGCCAGCAUGCUCCGGGCCGACUCGCCCCAGGACCCGAAGAGGAGGGGCUCCAACGCGCAGUCCUCCAGGCCGCCUUCCCCGACCACGGAGGCGGGCAGGUCGGGCCUCGUCCAGCCGCCCGAGCUGCAGCCGUUCGAGAACCAGGUGAGGAAGGUCCGCACGCGUAAGGUGUUCGAACGCCUCUUCUCCGACUCGGUGGCGAGGGACGAGCGCCGGGAUCUGAUACGGGACACCCGCGCGCGCCGCCAAGGAUGA